AUGGAUUCAAAUGUAGACAUUGAUAUGACAGCAAAGUACAUGUCAGCCUCGAAUGUCCCCGUCCUGAGGCGGCUUUAUCGCCACGAGCUUUCUGUCGAGGAGGUCAUUGUGCGUACCUUGUCGGCCGUCGGGUUGGUAAUCGGACUGGUCGCUGUGCAGUGGGGUGGCUAUCUCCUAUUCGCAUUCGUCAGUGUGCUUUGCCACCUCUCUAACCCUGCAGACUGGCCAGGACCUUAUGGCCCAAUAUCAGACGGGUAUACGCUGCGCAGGGCCUGGAGUCAUGUAUGGCACCAGCUCAACACACACAAGCUCAACUCUAUCUCUCGGUACAUCGUACACGAUGUCCUCGCAAUUCCCCGAAAAAGCCGAUCCACCUUCGUCGGAUACGCCCGGCUCGCUUGUGCCUUUGCCAUGUCCGGCCUAAUGCAUGUGCUAAUGGACAUGUCCAUCGGCCUUACGAUCUACACCUCCGGCGGCCUCUCGUUCUUCUGCACGCAGAUCCUGGGGAUUGUCGUCGAAGAUGCUGUCAUGAAGGUGUACUCUACGUUAACGGGCGCCAAGCGAUCUCACUCGCCCCCUCGCCCAUCGACGGUGCAGAAGGCCAUUGGUUUCGCCUGGGUUUGUGGUUUCCUGGUUUGGACGCUUCCGGCUUACAUGUAUCCCCUCUUAUCAUUGAAUAGCGACGAGGGAAAUCAUGCUAUUGUUCCUGUGAGCGUGAUUGGUAUGUGGAAGGGAGUUGAAGCGUUGCGCGCUGUCUGA